AUGGGUCAAAAGGCCAGUAAAAAGGAGCCUGAAAGAGGAUCCAGAUUCUAUGAAGAACAGAGAUUCGAGGAAGCAAUUGAAGACUGGAAAUCAAUCAUCUCAAAGAAAUCAAGUGUCAACGACAAAUUCACUCUUUAUGGACAAAUCUGUCGUUCUUAUUUAGACAUUGGAAACACUGCAGAUGCUUUGGACUUCGCCAAAAAACAAAUGGAGUUGGCGAAUAAUCAAAAUAAAGAUAUUAUGAAAUCGGAAGCUUUUUUCCAUCUGGCAAUCUGCAACGAAAUGAUCAGCGAAUUUUCCAAAUCUAUAGCAUUCUGUAGAAACAGUUUACAAAUAGUUGAAUCUGAGAAUCCUUUAGAAGGAUACCUUCAUUUGUGUAUGGGCAACUCGUUUGUCGGGUUGAGUGAGUUUCGUAAAGCAUGGACGAGUUAUAAACGAGCUGAAGAGACAUUCGAAUCAAGUCGUGAUCACCAACUAGAGAUUCUUGUGAACACGAAGUUAGGCAUGAUGUUCACCAUGUUAAAGGAUUUUGAUACUGGAGUAGAGUAUAUCUACAAGGCGUGGAAUAUUGUAAGUCAGCUCAAAGACAACGAUCCUAAUAUUAAAUACAGGAGAUUGGUUGGUGCGUGUUUAGCAGUUCCUUACAGAAACACUGGCAAAUAUAAAGAUUCUUCAGAUCUUACAGAGGAUGCGAUGAAGGUAGCCAUGCUAUAUAAUGAUAUUGUGGUACAAGUCAAAUGCAUGGUAUUAUUCGCUGAUAUCCAUCGUUCAAGGGGAGAUAAUGAGAGAUCUAUUCCGAGAUAUGAAUCGGCGUUGAGUUUACUGGAGCAGAUUGGAGAUAGAGUGGGCCAGGCUGAUGUUUUACUAGGAAUGGCUAAAGCUCAUAAGAAUAUGUCGGAUCCCGAACAGGCUAUUCAAUUAUCAACCAAAGCUUUGGAUAUCGCCAAGAAAAUUGGAAAUAAGCUCCAAAUGCUACGAUGCCACGCAAUCCUGAAAUUUCUGUAUUUUGAAACAAGGGACACAACUCUAUCUAGUCGCCAUCAUACUCUGGUGAAACAGCUUGCAGACGAGACUGAUCUCUACUGUAGUGUUUGUGAUCAGUUGAUGGGGAAAGAAGCUGAAACUUUAAUUGUCCUUUUCUGUGGCCAUUUUACUCAUGCCAGAUGUACUAUAUCCAGGCUACACCAUACCUGUGUUAUUUGUGAGAGAAAACCUAAUAUUGACGUUUAUAAAACCCUGAUAGAUGAUUGA